UUAGUAGACGCUAGGAGAAGCAUUUUACUAGACGUUUGAAGAAGACUCGAACUUGUGCUGAUCUGUUUUCAAAACGAUAUCAAUUUCAAUGGGAAAUCUAAUGGCAAGAAAAAAUGAAUAUCGUCCACCGAGAACAAUUGCUGAGGCAAAGGCUGAAAUUGUGGAUAGUCUUUUGAGGAUUCAGGAACACUACAAUGAAAUUAACAGAAUGCGAAAUGAAGAUCGUGCCAAAUGGAAAUCACUUAACAAAAAAGUUGAAAUACUUGAAGCCGUGAAAGCUAGAGCUUUGAAAGAAGAACGACAGCGUUUGCGAGAUCUUGAGAGAAGCAAAGAGCGCGAUGAGCUCCAAGCUAAUUUGUCAAAAGAUAUCAUCAUAACUCCAUAUGGAGCAAGCAAGGAGAAGAUAGUAUAUCCAAAUCUUAAUAAACAACGUGAAGAGGCAUCAAAGAAGAAAUCUCCGCCGUUAACAAUGAAAACGUCUUCAGUCCCUUCCGCAGACUAUGGCAAAUUUGAAUUUAAACGAAGAUUAUCUAAGCUUCCACCAUCCAAACUAAAGCGAGCGAAACGGAAGAAAAUGCUGAAGCUGGAUAUAACUCAAGAAAGUGCUGAAUCAGCAGAAAAAGAUAAAGACGAGGAGGACUUCUUCGCACUUGGAGAACUCCCGGAUGGAAGCGGUUCAGCCAGCGAAGAAUUGUUCGUGCAAGUUGAUAGAAUGAUACAGGAAAGCGAAAAAUCUAAACAACGCACUCGCCGAAAAGAACCGGAAAUGGACAGAGUAACUGCGAGCAAAGCAAAAGUCGUAACAAUGCCAAUACGCAUGGAAAUAAGCCAAUCAAAUGAGGAUGCUCGGUUCUCGGGAGAGUUUCCAGCGCAACGGGGAUCCAAGCGAUUUCUUGUUCUCGCUCAUCUCUUGUUUCUGGCAUCAUCCAUAUGGCUGAUGUGGAAUGUUGGUGCAGUCGAGUUUGCAGGCCUACCUGUGCCAGGCCUUGAUGGACUUCUACCUUUUGAUGUGCCUGCUCGGAAGCUUUGCGUGAAGGAGACAACGAUUCUCUGUGGCACUCUGAUGGGUUUAGCGGUCAUGCGAGCUAUUGAUGGUGUCUGGCAACAUGGUGGUGUUUCGCCACUCUUCUGCGUUAAUCCUGCACUGUUUCGUCUGCCAUUUCUAUUCAGUGUCCUCUCGCUAGCAGGAAUGUUGUUUUUGUGGUCGGUGCGCAGCGGUAGAAUGCAAUUGUACGAACUUGAGCUUGCUCCAGCCAACUAUAGUUUCAUUCUCCUCAUCAUAGUGUGUCACUUACUGCAUUUUCUUCCUCGUUAG